AUGUGUGCUACAUACGGCGACUUUACGGUCGUAUACCUCAAUAGUGUCAUACUGCAGAAUGAGCUAGAGGCUUUAGAGGAACUAACGGCACAGCUUAGUCGUAGAACCACUGCAGUGAAGCAUCCGGCAGCUGUCUUACUGGAAUAUAUACCUUCAAGCAUUUUGCGCAAGAAAAGAGCAAUGCCAAGCAAUUUUUGCUAUACAACUUGCUUGAUUGGCUUUAGGCAACAGACAUCAAGCUGGGUGUGCUUGGUAUCACGGAUGAUUACAAUGUCGUGGACAAUUCGAAAAGCAAAUGCAUCGUUCUUGAACAACCCUCCUUCGCGAAGAUCCGGCAAUAACCUGGUAGACCUGCUCUCUUUCGACAAGAUUUCAUGGGACUUUUACAGUGACCUCAGACAGCCAUCUGCCGACUACACAGCAGCUUUCUCCACCAGUGUGUAUGAACUGUUUGUGGAGCCAAGUAAGUUCCUUGCGAGUCUCGAGUUUGACUACGACAUUGGCGAGUCGCAGGAUUGUUUUGUACGGCUUGCUGUAGCUGCCGUCUAUUACAUAAGUGUUGAUGAGCCGCUCCUCACAGCUCAGCAUUUUCGGCUGGCGAGGCAUUUGCUGGAGCAAGACCAUCAACUUGCUGUUUUAGAGACUGUUACGGAGCAUGGUAUCGCGCUGCUAAUCGGCAUGGGACAUUUGGGAAAGGCAGUCAGCGUGUGCUUACGCUGGAAAUGGUAUACUCUUGGUGGGAAAACUUUUUUCGUCUUCACGACAUGCUUGCACGACAUGCUUGCACAACUACCAACGCGCAGCGAAGCCCGUAAAGCUUUGGAAAAUCUGCUCCAACUGAAGCUUGUUAUGGGUGCGGGAGAUGCUUUCAAGAUUGGGCAGACCAAGAAAGGUUACAUGAACAAGGUUAUUCUCGCUCACUGCAGCGUCAUUUCAUGCUGUACGCUUGAAUUUUGCGGCACGAAACUUGGCAGGUGUGAUUUACAAUGGCUGCAUUAG